CGCACACUCUUACUACAAUCCCAUUGGGACACCCGGUGGGAUUGGAGUCACUUUUCUACAUAACAGAGUCAAAGAGACACAUUCAAGCAGUCCUCAACAGCACAUGCUGAAGAAAUUGAAUGUGAAUUGCAAACUUGCAAGAAACGAUUUGAACAGGAAUUGUCCAGCAGUUUUAAAACAUGGGCAGUCUUCAAUUAGAAGAUUUUGUAGCUGGUUGGAUAGGAGGAGCUGCAAGUGUAAUUGUGGGGCAUCCUCUGGACACAGUAAAGACUCGUUUACAAGCCGGACAAGGAUAUGGAAAUACGCUUAAUUGUAUCCUUACCGUGUACAGAAAUGAAAGUGUUGUCGGAUUCUUUAAAGGAAUGUCUUUCCCAUUGGCCAGCAUUGCUGUCUACAGCUCGGUGACAUUUGGUGUCUUCAGCAAUACUCAAAGGUUUAUUAGCCAGCAGCGUUAUGGAGACUCUAACCAUGCCCCGGCACUCUCGGACUUGAUUGUUGCCAGCAUGGUAGCAGGGGUUGUCUCAGUAGGAAUUGGUGGUCCUGUGGACCUGAUAAAGAUAAGACUACAGAUGCAAACACAGCCAUUUAUUAAAGCAAACAUAAACUUAAAGCACAUGGGAAUUGGGUUUCCCGCAUACAGAGGCCCAAUUCACUGUGUUAGUUCAAUCCUUCGGCAGGAGGGCUUAGCCGGAAUGUACCGAGGUGCCGGCGCAAUGCUUCUGAGGGAUGUUCCUGGGUAUUGCCUAUACUUCAUCCCUUAUACAGUUCUCUGUGGCUGGAUUACUCCUGAGGGAUGCAUGUCUCCUAGUCCCUCUUCUGUGUGGAUAGCAGGAGGUAUAGCAGGGGCAAUUUCCUGGGGGACUGCUACUCCGAUGGAUGUUGUGAAAAGUCGACUUCAAGCUGAUGGGGUUUAUUUAAACAAAUAUAAAGGAAUCAUUGAUUGUAUCUCUCAGAGCUACCAUAGUGAGGGCUUAAAAGUCUUUGUUAGGGGCAUCACAGUCAACGCAGUGCGAGGAUUCCCGAUGAGUGCAGCCAUGUUUCUUGGAUAUGAACUUUCACGCAAAGCACUAAGAGGAGACCAAGCUGAGACCAAUCCUUAACAGCCAGGCAGAAAACUUUGAAACCUGCGACUGUAGUCUGACUAAUUCAUGUUUAUGUCUUCCCAUUUCUUGGACUGGUUGUG